UCCGUGUUUGUUUCCACACAAUUACACAACGAAUAAGUAUAUAAGAAGGAAGUAGAGCAACUUGUUUUGAACCUUUUACCUGAACAAAAUAUGGAGAGUCCGGAGUUAACGUUUACUUUAGCCUACACUGUUUUCUCUCUCUGCUUUGUUUUUACGCCCAACGAGUUUCGCUCGGCAGGUUUGACGAUCCAGAACUUAUUUUCUUCCUGGUUAGGAAGUGAGGACGUGGGAUUUGUACAAUAUCAUGUCAGGAGGAGCAGCCUCACUCUUCUGGUCCACUCGGCACUGCCACUAGGUUACUACCUGGGCAUGUGUAUUGCUGCUCCAGAGAAACAUCUGACAUAUGUUCACCUGGUGAGUGACAACUGGAGAAUGUUCCUUAGUCUCUCCGUGUGCCUCCUGCUGGGCAGCUGGACGCUCAUCUUCUACUGGUCCCGCCAUCACUGGUACAACCAUCCGAUGAGCAGAGCUCUGCAGGCCCAUGUGCAGCCGCCUCACUCAAACUGGGGCUCAGUGGCCAGAAGCAUCAACACAGAAUUCAGACGUAUCGAUAAGUUUGCCACUGGGGCACCUGGAGCCAGAGUUAUUGUCACAGACAGCUGGGUGUUAAAGGUGACCACCUAUUAUGUGUACAUGGCUGCACAGAGUGACUGUCAUGUGACUGUGACCGAGUCCAUUCAGCACCAGCUCAGCCCUGACUCAUCCUCGCCCUUACAGCUGGUAACAUUGAGGGUGCAAAGCACCAACCCUGCUGUGAGACCCUUUGAUAUCAGGUUGAACUCCACAGAGUAUGCAGAGCUCAGGGAGAAGCUCCACACUCCCAUCAGGAACUCAGCAAAUGUAGUUAUCCACCGAACUAUUAGCGAACUUUUCCUAGAAACAUUCCGGAAUCAGGUGGAGCUCAACCAGCCUUACUCGCUCCCUACUGGACAGGAGUUGGAGCCUUGUAUCGGCUGUAUGCAGGUUCAAGCAAAUACCAAGCUCAUCAGACUCUGCUCUGAAGAAGGAGCUCAUUCAGAGUGCGAGGAGUGUUUCUGCAGACCCAUGUGGUGUUUGUCCUGUUUGGGUCGGUGGUUUGCCAGCCGCCAAGACCAGCAAAGACCUGAGACUUGGUUGUCCAGCGUAGUCCCUUGUCCCACAUGCAGAGCCAAAUUCUGUAUACUGGACGUGUGUGUGGUACGCUGACACACAUCAUCGCUAUGAAUUGAACGCUGGUCUUAACGUAUUAUUCUGCUGUCUGAAAGAAUUACCAUAUGUUUAUGGCCUGGUAAGAAGUUUUUUAUUGUUUAUAUUCCCCUGUUAAAAGGUUGUUGACUCUUAUUGUUUUCUGACACUUACUUUACUGUUGUUAAAUCCUAAAGUUUGACAGCAUAAGUUAGAAUUAGGGGUGUCCCGAGCCAAUAUUAAUUUUGGAUAUUGGUCUGAUAUUAGCAAAAAAGAAACAACUUUUGGAAUAUUUUGGCUUGCCUGCAAAAUGUGUAAUAUAAUCUCAGAUACAAGCGGUCCUGCACUGUAUUUACUGGUGUAAAGCUGGGCUGCCAGUCAACAUCUAUAUGUCCUCCAAUAAGCACACAAUGUUGGUGGGUUUUUUUUUGUUUCUUGUAUUUUGCACACAAGCUAGACAUAUGCAGAAAGUGUCCUUAAUUUGACAACAUUGCAAUCUAAAACAGCACAUUUGUCAAUAAAAACAAGUAUUAAUAAUAAUAAUAAAACCUUACAGUUUCAAUAGGGUCCUUUGGCCCAUUGCAAAAGGACUCCACAGGAGUCCUUUUGCAAUGGGCCACAGGAGUCCUUUUGCAAUGGGCCAAAGGACCCUAAUUGCUUAUCGUUACAUAUUACAAAUACAAAGUCUUCCAGGCGCUUACUACAAAGUAUCCAGUAACAAACGUGUCUUCAUCAUUCAAUUUACUGAGUUAUUCAGUUAACUUUCAUGAAUUAAAAAAUAAUCUACCCUAAGCAAAAUAGUAUAAACCUGUCAAAAAAGGAUUGAUCAAAUUAAAUUAAAACUAAGUAUGAAAAACACAAAAUGUAUGACAUUCCACACUACAAAAUAAUAUAAGUAUGUACCCAGGGCUGACAAUUCUUUGAAUUUUAAUCACGGUCAAAAUUUUUACUGCCACGAUUACAUGAGGGUGAUUGUCGUCAAUAUUAACAUUAAAAAGCGCUGCUGCAUAGCAUCGAGCACUUUCACAACCACGGCGGCAGAGAACAACCAUGUGAAGCACAGGGUUGUUAAUCCUCUCCAGAGGAUUAAGGCUGAAAGUGUUUUUUGUCAUGAGCACAAUAUGAACACGUAUAAUUUGUUCAAUGGCAUUCUUACUUUGUUGUCCACACUGGUGCUGAGUACAGUAAAGAAAGAAGGUAUUGAUAUAUACAUAUAAAAUAUACAAAUAUAUGCACACAAAAUGUGAAGAGAAGGCUAUUGUGUAUGAACACAACACAUCAUCUUCAUGCUAAACUGAAAUAUUAGCAUUAAUGUUAACAUUAAGAAAUUUUCACUGGGGUUGCUGGAGAGGAACGCUUCGUUUUACUUAAUUUCACUGGCUUCACUCCCUUGGAGUUUCAGUGUGUGUUUAAGAUCCCACACUGUUGUCAUUAGAUGGCGAGAGGUGUGGAAAAAAUUGGAGAUGAACGCAUUUUUCCCACCUAAAAAGUAUACUGCAAAGGACAAAAAUUCAGACGAGUUUGCGAGAGUACCAAGACCGUGGAAUAGAGCCACUCUGCAGGCUUACACACACACACACAAACACACAUACACAUACACGUAGGUACCCCACAUCCCACGCUCCACCCAAUGUGCUAAGACAGUCAACGGAGCAGCGCCACCAGGUGGCGACAGCUUCGGGCCGGAUGCCUGCCCCAUUCCCCCUCGUUGCAAGUCUGGAGUUCCACCCAUCCAUCCAUUUCUGCCGCUUAUUCCCUUUUGGGGUCGCUGGUGUCUAUCUCAGCUACAAUCGGGCGGAAGGCAGAGUACACCCUGGACAAGUCGCCUUCUCAUCGCAAGGCCAACACAGAUAGAGAGACAACAUUCACACACUUAGGCCAAUUUAGUGUUGCCAAUCAACCUAUCCCCAGGUGCAUGUCUUUGGAGGUGGGAGGAAGCCGGAGUACCUGGAGGGAAACCACUCAGUCACGGGGAGAACAUGCAAACUCCACACAGAGAGAUCCCGAGCCCGGGAUUGAAGCCAGGACAACUCAGGACCUUCGUAUUGUGAGGCAAACGCACUAACCCCUCUGCCACCGUGCUGCCCCAAGUCUGGAGUUGUAUGUAGUAAUAUGUAUGUGUGCUUUGCUCGAGGGUUUUUUUUCUAGUCUCUAACUAACCUCCCCAGGAGUUUAGUUUGGAACUUUAUUUUUUUUCUCCUCAAUCCCCCAUGUUUACAAUUUUUCCUUCCUUUUUUACGGACUCGAUCAGUUUUCUUUUUCUGUCCACCCAGUAAAUGUAUGUCUGAUCUUGAACAGGUUUGUACUGGCAAUGUCAUUUGGUUGUACUUUUUAAAUGCAAUGACAAUAAAGUAUAAUCUAUUUGA